AUGGGGGACCAUGUUGAGCUGCAGAUCACUCCAGAGACUCCAGGCAGGCCCUCCAUACGAAACCCCUUUGAAAGUCCUAAUGACUACCGCCAUCUCCGUGAACCACUGGUGCCAAGCCCGUCUGUCUUCAAGUCCAAGCCUUGUAAAGCUACUCCUCCCAAGUUUAACUGGUCUAUUGAUGAAAUGGCCAGUCUUCUUCCAGUACACAUAGACCAAGAAGAUAUCCAACGACAGUCCUUUUACCUCAGCCAGACAAGGACGGAUUCUGACAUUGAGGAAAAGCGCCAGAAUGCGAUUGAACAGUUUUUCACCAAAGGAACCAUUGUACCUUCCCCCUGGGCGGCCCCAGACAUCCGCAAAGCCUCUCAGAUCUAUAAAAAAAGUUAUAUGUCUGCAAUGAUUGCUGAGGAGCCAGAAAAACACUCAGUUGCUUGUCAGACGACUCUUUCGUUACCCUUGGCUUUUGAUUUGGAGAAACUUCUUGGGGAAUAUUACCGCUGUGAGGAAGCAUGUGAUGCAGUUCAGGAGAGCCUCAGCUCAUCAUCCUUGAGGCGAAAACUCUUCCUUGAUGGCCAGGGCAGUUACAGUGGCUCUGACAGCUCCAGCCCACCGAGCCCAGAAAGAGAUAAUCCCAGGCAUGAGAGGUCUCUGCUAAGCCAAGGAGAGGGACUUGUAGGAGGGGCUGCAGGUUCUGAGGGAGAAGCUGUAUCGUCCAUCUUUUCUUCUCCUUUGCCCUGUGGUGUGUCUGCUCCAACUCCCUCUACGGGUCAGUUCUCGUCCAGUCCCAUCCAGCAUGGUUGCUUCCGGGACUGCAGCCUCGGCAGCAUCACCAGUCCUAUGUUCCCUGACAGGUCGUCUCCUGCUGGCCUCGUUUCUCCCACAAUUUCUCCUAUUGUUGGAAAUGCAGCCCGCACACCCAUUGGCUCAGCUGAGAGGAAGCAGCCGAGUAAUCUGACCCCACAAGGUGUUCCCCUGGAUGUAGAUGUCCCUUCCUGCACUGAGAGUCCGUUUGUUGAGGGUUGUUCUCCCAUUCGUAGCUGCUCCCCACAGCAGCUCCAUUGCCAUAAUGAGCUCCAGCACAACACCAAACCCAGGCCCAGAGCCAGAGUUCGCUGCUGGACCUCCCCUCCCCUCAUCUCCCCGAUCCUCAACCCUAGGUUCCAGGACUAUCAGGAGGCUGAGGACCAACUCCCCUCCUCCUCCUGCUCAUCUAGUCUCCCGUCUAUGGAGCUAGAUCCAUCUUCACCUCUGGCCCGGGAUGCUCACCCUGCCGACACUGAAAAAGUUAGCUUGGAUCUUAUGGAGCCUGUGAUGAUGGAGGAGAUCAAGGAAACGAGGACGGAGGGGAGUUCUGAGGAAGAUGAAGAGGAGGAGAUUGGAAGGCCUUUGGGACAGCUGACCAGCUCACGCAUGGGCAAUGUAUCGGCAACAGAAAGCUCACAGAUGUUUCUGUCUCUUCUGGCAGAGGGGAGCAGCAUACGCUACGAUUCCAGCAUGCAGGUGGACAGCGGGUACAACACUACCUCAAUGGGCACUGCCAGUCUUAUUGAUGGCCUCAGCUCAGACUGUUACAACAAAGAGUCCUACAGUCCAAACCUGGCGGAAGAAGCCUUCCAACUCAGUAGACACACUAAAGUAAAGGUGUUUUAUCCUCACCACUGAGCCAUGUGCUGGAUGAAUUGAAAGGGACACCUCCUCCGGUUAGAAGCCUAAGAUGAUUAUUUUGC